CAAGUGGACUUGCAAAUACACUCAACAAACUCAGGUCGAAGAACCAUGAAGGUCCUUGUUGUGCUCGUCCUUGCCGUUUUCAGUGGCUGUCAAGCCAACCUCUUCUAUGCUGAUGCACCCAAGCCUCAGCUGGAAGUGAUGACUGAUGCAUUCUGGGACUAUGUUGGCAAAGCCACCCAGACAGCUGAUGACACCCUCCAGAUGAUCAGGAAAUCUCAGUUUGGACAGGAUUUGAGUGCCCGUCUGACAGAGAGUGCCGACGUAGCCAGCACAUAUGCAGUUUCCCUGCAGGAGCAGCUUCCCCCUGCAGCCCAGGACCUGAUCACCAAAGUCACCACAGAGGCUGAUGUGCUGAGAGAGCGUGUGAUCCAGGAGCUGAACACUGUCAAGGACAAGCUGGAGCCCUACACUGAGGACAUGAAGGCCCAGAUUCAGCAGAGAGUGGAGCAGCUUAAACAGGAGCUAGCCCCCUUCGCAGAAUCCGUGGACUCUGACGCCCUGAGGACCACCUUGAUGCAGAAAAGUGAGGAGCUGAAGACCAGCCUGGAGCAGAGUAUGAAGGACCUGCAGGCUCAGCUGGGACCCUACACUGAUGACCUGAAGCAGAAGGUGGACCAGCACCUGGUGGACUUCAAGGAGAGUCUUGUGCCCGUGACCGAGAGAGUCCAGAGUGAGCUGACUCAGAGAGCCCAGCAGGUGAAAGAAAUUGCUGCCCCCUACGUUGAUGAUCUGAGGGAAAGGCUGGACCCCUAUGCCCAGAACCUCCAGGCUCGUCUCACCUCCCUCUAUGAGUCCUUCACCAAAGCCAACUAAGUCAACCUCCACCACAAGUUAAACAGAAAGAAACUCCCUCCAAAGAAACUAAUUAUCUGAUCCCACCCAGGAACACGUCCAUACUGUUAACAGUACAACCAGUUUUGAAAGUUCAAAAUGUCUUUAGAUAUAUUUAAAGUAUUAAAACAAUAGAUAAAUAAUACAUAUUGAGUGUUCGUCUGUGACCACACACUGUGUUCUCUUCCUAUGUUAUGGAAAUAAUGUAAAAGCAAAACAUAACCUUGUGAGUCUGCUGCUAAUGAUGUCAUUUAUACAGUCCUGGUAAAAUUUUAAAUGAAUGUUGGCAAGGUUUAAAGAUUUUUCUGGCAAACGAAGGCAAGUAAAAAAUAAAUAAAU